AUGACUGUCAAGUUGCAGUGGCCUACUUUCAAGCGUUGUCAACCCGUCACAAAUGUCAUGUUCCUCAAGACACACAAGACUGCCAGCAGCACUAUCCUCAACAUCCUCUACCGCUUCUCAGAGAAACACAACCUCACAGUGGCCCUUCCAAGUGGUGACAUGGUCCACUUGGGCUACCCUCGGCUCUUCCAGGCAACAGAUGUUGAGGGGUUCAAAACAACUGGCCAGAACUUCAACAUCAUGGGUAACCACCUGAGGUUUAAUUUACCAGAGGUAAGAAGAGUAAUGCCGGAUGACACUUUUUAUUUUUCAAUCCUGAGGGACCCAGCCUCGUUGCUUGAAUCAUCCUAUGUUUAUUACAAAACAUAUUCACCAGCAUUUAGAAACUCCAAGAAUGUGAAUGAGUUUCUCUCAUCGCCAUGGUCAUACUACAAGCUUGAUGAAAAGGACAGUAAUAUAUAUGCCAAGAACAACAUGUGGUUUGACUUGGGCUAUGACAACAAUAUGCCAUAUGAUGAGUAUCAUGUCCAGUCUGUAAUAGAGGAGAUUGAGCAGAAUUUCCAUUUGAUGCUGAUUGCUGAAUACUUCGAUGAGUCCAUGAUCCUUCUGAAGGAUACUUUGUGCUGGGAUUUGGAUGACGUGGUUUAUAUCAAGCUGAAUGCCCGGAGUCUAGACAGUAUCCAGGCUUUAAAUUCAGACAGCAAGGAAAAAGUGAAAGAAUGGUGUGCAUUGGACUGGAACCUUUACAAGCACUUCAAUGACACCUUCUGGAUUAAGAUUUUGGACAGGAUGGACUUAAAGACUUUGUACAAAGAAGUUGACCUUCUGCAGAAGAGACAGAAGGAACUAGUGGAGGUAUGCCUCUUGGAGAAAAAAGCAAUAGAUGAAACCAAAAUCAAAGACAAGAAACUGAAGCCCUACCAGUCAGGUCAUGCAAAAAUCCUGGGCUAUAACCUCAGGCAAGAUUUAGACAGUAAGACACUGAACACUUGCAAAAAGUUGAUCCGACCUGAGCUCCAAUAUAUGGCAUAUAUGUAUAGUCAUCAGUUCCCAAAUAAGACAAGCAAAUUCAUUAAUUUCAGAUAAAAAUCUAUCUUAUCACACACCAAGUUGAGGGACCAGCCUCUUGUUUGGGGCUUGCAAGAUUUUGUUCCAGACUGGAUCUUAAAACUUGUCAACAGACACAAAUGAAAUGGACAGUACUCAUCUAGUUUUAGUGGAAUUGUGUGUGUGUGUGUGUGUUUAAGUAGAACAUAAGUGCUAGAACAGAUUGCUCUGUGGCAGAGCUUAAGGAAGAAAAAACAGCACAAAGUUUUAUGGCAUUGUAAAAAGCUGGGUCGCGAUGACUCGGACACAACUUCGUGACUGACAACAACAACAAAAAGCUGUAGUGCAUAAGGCU